CUGUAACAGGUAAGCUACCUACAGGUGAAUGCAAAGGUAGAUAAGAAGUCAGUUGUAGCAGGGCUCCUAUUAACAGUCUCCAGUGUUGUUAUGCAUAUGCUGUAUUCCUGUCCUUACAGAGAGCUGCAUUGGAGCAUUGGGAUUAUGCAGUUUUCGGAAAAAAAAUAGGUGGUAGCUUGUUGGCAAGCUAUCAUUUACUCCGCUGUGGCUAGACCAAGUCUGGUCUUUGUUUGGGAUGGGACUUGGAGCUUCUAGCCUUUUAUCCAGACCCCUUUCUUGAUGAAUGAACAGGUCAGCAGUCUUUGAUAACUUGUAAAUACUUAUUUCAGUUGAUCUUAACAGAAACGACUUACUUGGAAACUAAACCACACCCAUAGCUUGAAUGACGACAGUUGAGAGCAAAUAUUGGUGUGUUGUGCUGUCCCGGGGAGGAGUCUGGGGCCAUACUUUUCCCAGAAGGAAGAACCUGUGCAGCUUUGGGAAAAGGAAGCCAAAAUCCAGAGGCAAAGCUCACCCGCUCAUAAGAGCAGCUGCAGUGGUGUCCCUGCCCACUCCGCGGUGGGGAGACAUGCUGCAAUGGCAACCUUUGAGGAGCAGACAGCGUGCGUUGUGGAAGCCUUGUUCUCUGACCUCCUAAGUGAAGAUGAGAGUGAGUGCCGGAGCCUGGAGACAGACUCAGGAGGGCGUAUGCAGUUGGCAGGAGAGGCUCCAACCAGGUUUGACCCGGUCGUGGUCGCCAGUCGCCUGCGGCAGAUGGGGGACCAGUGCAACAUGGAUUUUGAAAGGGUUUCCUCAGAGGCUCUUGCUGAAGUGCUCAAGGGAAAGAUGGAGAAGUUUGGGGCUGCCGUGGACUCCCUCAGCAGGAGCUGGAGUGACCAGAACCCCGAGAUGGUCUAUGAGAGAGUUUUUCUCGGUGUAUCUGUGAAAUUGCUAAUGUAUGUUGCUAAGAAAGUCCCAGCUAUGGUGCAUCCCAACCAACUCAUAAAAGUGAUUAAUGGAAAUUUUCGAGUGAGAAACUACAUUGAGGCCCACGGCGGAUGGGAGAACUUGAACAAUUGAGAGAAAGGGCUAUACUACUUUCCAGAAGGUGAAGCUGGACUUGUCAUUGAUUUAACUGGAGAAACGCUGUUGUACUUCUUCCGGAGACUGCAAGCAGAGUUCUACACAUAAGCAAUAUGUAAAAGAGAUUCUGUAUCACCACAAGCAAAAAUGAAUAAAUGUUUGUUGUUACUAA